UUGCUGCAUUUCAUCAAGUUUUGUGUCUCUGACUUCGUUGUCCGAGGCAGUAAAAUUCGGUUCGAUGCUUCUGUUGAGACUUCCCAGGCUUAUUUUAUUCAAAUGCCACAAAUGAUUCUUGAUGCAGUUGUGUUGGACGGAGGAGUUCCAUCCAUGGGGAUUGUCUUGCUUGUGGAGGAUCUUGAAGAGUUUUUAGAAUUGAGCUCUUUAUUGGAACCCGGGAGACCUCCCAAAAAUGACAAGUUGGCCAUACUUGGGGACGCCAUCCAAGUUGCGAGUCUUGUGACUUGCUGCGAGCUGAAUCCCAACAAUUCAAAGAGACAAAUGAAAAACUUGUAGAAGAGGUAAAGAGUUCAACGGUUGGUUAUAUUUAUGCAGCAUUCUGUUUGAGUGAAGCUUCGCUCAUUUGUGGUAUUUUACGACAUUGAUUUCGCCAUUUUUUACUCUACGCCAUUGCUGAAUGAGGGAACCAAGCACUACAAAGCAAAAAGGCAAAUCUUUUGGACUCUAUAAUUUGCCUAAACCUACUUUAACACAUACAUUAACAUAAUUCAUCACACAUCUACACAACCACCGUAAAGCUUAACACAUAAAUUAAUAUAACUCAUCGCAUCUCUACUUGCCAACAAAAAAUGGACCAUGAAAAUUCAAUGGGCACGUCAUUAUCGUGCGUCGCACGAUGCCUACUCGCUAUUAUCUAUCAAUGAAAUUCUGUGUCCAACCAAAGAUUCUGACGGCCAACUGUAGAGUAGGCAUAUAAAAGUGUUGAAAAAACAAGGGUAUCGAUGCAUAAUAUUAGAGGUGGCACUUUCCUCCCCAUAUCCGAUCCCCGAACCCAAAUCCACCCGUCCCUGCCCCGAUCUCCACUGAGGAAUUAUUUUUACCUUCCAUCCCUGCCCCAAACAAGGAAUAGGGGGAUCCCCGCGGGGAAUUGGGAAUCCGUACUGAACAGCAAACAGUUCAAUUGCUGAAUUCAGGGAGAAUGGCGAAACAGCUCGGAUUCAGAGUGUUCGGAUUCAACUGUUUUCUCCAUAACAGCAAACAGUUUGGACUCAGAGAGAACAGUUGAAGUGUGAAGCCUGGAACAAUAAAAGAGGUGAAACACAAUGAAAUAACCAACGAAAAACAGUUAAUAAAAUUUACAUCUAAGCACAAAAUAACGCUAUAGUAUCAAACCGCACAAGGAAAAAGCUGUAACAGAUCUGGGAACUGUGGAAGGAAGAAGCUCUCUAGUGAUUAGGCUCAUUCGCAGAACUGCAUGCGGCAGCCCAAGUACAAUCAGAGAGAGAGAGAGGUAAGUGGGGUGCGGCUGUGAGGAGAAGGGAAUUAGAAAAUAUAAGUGAAACCCUAACUUAUAUGUAUCAGGGCGUGGAUAGUGUCUGGUGUCAACUGUCAACUAGUAUGGCCAUUUGCUGCUUGGAAAUUUGGGUCAGCAUGGAUUUUGUUCAAGAAUCUGAUUGGUUGGGGCUGCUGAAUGAUGUUUUUUUUUUCUUUUUUUCAUUUUGGCUAUUUUGUUCAGGUUUUGCGGAAGCUGAUUGUGUGUGUCCUGCUUACCUAUCUUGUGCAGAGGAUUUUUUGAUGCUAGCUUUUGCUGUAUAGGAGGAUGACUCUAGUGGCUUAUCAUUUACAUCUCUGAAACAGUUUUUUAGUUGUAUUUAGCUUCUAUCUAUGUGUAACCACAAUGACUGUUCCUGUAUAUUAACUAAACUCUGGAAUGAUUUGAACCCCAAUACGCGAGAAGAAGUUUUUCUGAUCGAAAUGUCAUUAUAAAAA